GCCUGGGUACUUCGCCUUUGAGCCCGGCUUUCGCGGGGAGGGGUCCCCGCCUUCCCCUUCCGAGGGGGUCCUGACGCUUCGCGGCGCUUCCUGGAAGCCCCGAGCAGGGGGUCCCUGCCGCCACUGCAGCCAUGUGCUCGACGCCGGGGUUGCCGACGCCCGGAGCCUCGCUCCUCCUGCGGGUGUCCUUCGUGGAUGUCCACCCCGAGGUGAUCCCCGUGCAGCUCUGGGGGCUGGUGGGCGAGCGGCGGGAAGAGUACUCGCGGCUGAGCCUGGAGAUCCAGGAAGCAGCGGCCAUGCACGGCCCCUGGGCGCUGGGCGGCGCCUCGGCCUCUCCCGGCGAGCUGUGCCUGGUGCAGGUGGGGCUCAUGUGGCACCGCUGCCGAGUGGUCAGCCGGCAGGCGCAGGAGAGCCGCGUCUUCCUGCUGGACGAGGGCCGCACCAUCACGGCUGGUGCAGGCUCUCUGGCGCCCGGGCGCAGCGAGUUCUUCCAUCUGCCCUCUGAGGUGCUGGGAUGCGUGCUGGCCGGGCUGGUGCCGGCGGGGGGCGGCGGUGCCGGAGGUGGCGAACCCCAGCAUUGGCCGCCCAGUGCUGUGGACUUCCUUAGCAACCUGCAGGGCAAGGAGGUGCAAGGGCGCGUCCUGGACGUGCUGCUGCUCCAUCGCCUGGUCCUUCUGGAGGUGCCCGAGCUGUUCCAGCAGAUGCAGGAGCUCGGCCUGGCCCGGCUGGUACCCGACAGCCUCUUCCGCUCGCUGCUCAAGCGCUACCUCUCGGCAGCCGCAGUCGGCAUGGGUCCUGGGGCCCACAUCCUCCCGCGAGUCCUUACCAAGCCAGAGCAGCCAGGCCUGGAUUACUUCUAUCCCCAGCUGCAGCUGGGCGUGACAGAGCCUGUAGUGGUGACACAAGUGUGCCACCCCCACCGUAUUCACUGCCAACUCCGGAGUCUCUCACAAGAGAUCCACCGCCUCACAGAGAGUAUGGCCCAGGUAUACCGGGUCUCCACAGUGACAGGGGAUGAGAACUCUCCCGGGGCCUCCUGGGAGGAGAGAGAGGAAAGCCCAGACAAGCCAGGAUCUCCGUGUGCUUCUUGUGGAUUGGAUGGACACUGGUACAGGGCUCUCCUGCUUGAGAUUUUUCGGCCCCAGCGCUGUGCCCAGGUGCUUCAUGUAGACUAUGGAAGGAAGGAGUUGGUGAGUUGUAGUAGCCUUCGCUACUUGCUGCCUGAAUAUUUUCGCAUGCCGGUUGUGACCUACCCUUGUGCUUUAUAUGGACUCUGGGAUGGUGGGAGAGGCUGGUCUCGGUCCCAGGUGGGUAGCCUGAAGGCACUGAUUCUGGGCCAGGCAGUGAAUGCAAAGAUUGAGUUUUACUGUUCCUUUGAGCAUGUCUAUUAUGUCACUCUGUAUGGAGACGAUGGGAUUAAUCUCAACUGCGUAUUCGGAGUACAGUCCUGUUGCUUGGCUGAUCGAUUCCUUCAGAGUCAGGGAAUAGAGGAGGAGGAGGAGGAAGAAGAACCAGAAAUAGCUCUUCAGUCUCAGUCUCCAGCUGAAGACGAUGAAGAGAUUUCCCUCUCAGCCUUAAGGUCUAUCCAGUUAAAGCUGAAUGCCUUCUAUGAUGCCCAGGUAGAAUUUGUUAAAAAUCCUUCUGAAUUCUGGAUCAGGUUGAGAAAGCAUAAUGGCACUUUCAGCAAGUUAAUGAAGAGAAUGUGCAGCUUCUAUUCCUCAGCUAGUAAGCUGGAUGGUGUAGUUUUGAAACCUGAACCUGAUGACCUUUGCUGUGUCAAGUGGAAAGAAAAUGGAUAUUAUAGGGCUAUAGUCACCAGAUUGGAUGACAAGAGUGUGGAUGUGUUCUUAGUUGACCGAGGAAACUUGGAAAAUGUGGACUGGUAUGAUGUCAGAAUGCUGCUUCCUCAGUUUAGGCGACUUCCAGUACUGGCUCUUAGGUGCACUUUAGCUGACAUUUGGCCGUUGGGGAAAAUCUGGAGCCAGGAAGCAAUUACCUUUUUUAAAAAGACUGUGCUCCACAAAGAAUUAGUUAUCCAUGUUCUUGAUAAGCAGGAUAAUCAAUAUGUUAUUGAGAUUCUUGAUGAAUCAAGAACAGGAGAAGAGAACAUUAGUAAGGUGAUUGCUCAGGCUGGAUAUGCUAAGUAUCAGGAAUUUGAGACAAAAGAAAAUAUUCCCAUAAGUACCUACUCUCCAGGGCAUGUUUCCAACCAUUUCAAUACAGAGAAAAACAAAAUAGCUUAUACAAAGAAGGUAGAAGUAGAACAGAAGGCCAAAAGAGAUCAUAAAAUUACAUCUCUUGCAGAAAGUUUGAGUGACACAACAGUUCUUUCAAGUGUUUUAACUGGACUAGGCAUUCAGGAAAAAGAGAAAAGACUCACUGUGUAUUCUCCUCUUAUACAGAAUGCUUUGGAUGUUAAGCCAGACUCUUGUAAGGGAGAACUAAGAGUUGGAAGCACAGUGGAAGUCGGAGUGUCUUUUGUUGAAAACCCUGGCUAUUUCUGCUGUCAGUUGACCAGGAACCUGCCAGAAUUUAAAACUCUAAUGUGUAAUAUUCAGGACUAUUGUGAGAAUACAGCUACCCUUUACCAGGGAACAACUCCUGCUUGUUUGGCAAAGCGAACAAUAAGUGGGAAAUGGUCCAGAGCUCUGAUUAGUGGAGCACAAUCUUCAGAACAUGUCAAAGUACUAUUUGUAGAUUAUGGAGACAAAGAGACAGUUUCUGUGAAGAAUAUUUAUUCAAUUAGUGAAGAGUUUCUUCAGAUAAAAGCUCAGGCCUUCAGAUGCAGUCUUUAUAAUUUAAUUCAUCCUACUGGUAAAGAUCCCUUUGAUUGGGACGAAAAAGCAGUACAAGCUUUUAGUGAAUUUGUAGACAACGCUAAGGAAAACAAUCUAGAAUUGAAAUGCACGAUAUUUGCUUUAGCUUCAAUGCAUGACGAAGAGCUGUUUAAUGUUGUGGAUUUGCUAACACCCUUUAAGAGCGCAUGCCAGUUUUUGGUAGAAAAGAGACUUGCGAGAUCAGUCAAACUUCAGAAACCUCUGGAGUCUUCUGUUCAGCUACAUUCUUACUAUUACUCUACACAUGAUAUGAAAAUAGGAAGUGAAGAAUCAAUGUACAUAACACAUGUUAAUGACCCUUGGACAUUUUAUUGCCAACUUGGAAGAAAUGCUCAUAUUUUAGAACAGUUGUCAUGUAAUAUAACACAGUUGAGUAAAGUUUUGCUAAACUUAAAAACAUCUCCCUUGAUCCCUGGAAACUUGUGCCUUGCCAAGUAUACUGAUGGAAACUGGUAUAGGGGGAUAAUAAUAGAAAAAGAGCCAACAAAAGUUUUCUUUGUUGAUUUUGGUAAUAUUUAUAUGGUAACAAAUGAUGACCUGCUUCCAAUCCCUAGUGAUGCAUAUGAUGUCUUACUUUUACCCAUGCAAGCUAUUAAAUGUUCAUUAUCUGACAUUCCUAAUCACAUACCAGAAGGAGUUACAGCAUGGUUUCAAGAGACUGUCUUAGAUAAAUCGUUGAAGGCAUUGGUUGUAGCAAAAGAUCCAGAUGGAAAACUGAUUAUAGAAUUAUAUAAUGGCAGCAUUCAAAUUAAUGCUAAUAUUAAUGAGAAGUUAGGACUACUUGGCUACAAAUAUGGGACAAGGAUAAAAGGAAGUAAGACACUGCUUUCUCCACCUGAAACACUUGAAGUGAAAAAGGAAAAUAUUAAGUCAUCAUCUACAGAGUAUUUAACUAAAUCUGUAGAAAACAAAUUAUAUAACAUGGAGAUCUUGAGAGAAUCAUACAGCCCUAAGAUUGGCUCAGCAUGUAAGAAACUCAAACUUUUACAAGGUUCAGCAAGUUCAAACUUAGUCCCUCAAUAUGAGGACGUUCUAGGAAAAAAUAAUCAAGUGACUCACUUAACAGAAAAGAAAGAAGAAUGUUUUGUUGAUCCAUCUUUGAAAGCUGAAAAACUACAAGUUACUCAUUUGGGAAGAAAAAUAGGAGAUUCAUAUAACAAUGAUUUGCCUCUAAAUCUAUCUGAUUUUCCUCAGAAGACUAUAGUCCCUGGCUUUAAAACAACUGUAUAUGUCUCUCAUAUAAAUGACCCUUCAGACUUUUAUGUCCAACUAACUGAAGAUGAAACUAAACUUAAUCAUCUUUCAGAGAGAUUAAAUAACAAAACAAAGCCUCAAUAUUACACAGGUCCACCUUUGCAAAAAGGAGAUAUAAUAUGUGCCAUUUUUCCAGAUGACAAUUUAUGGUAUCGUGCUGUGGUCAAGGAACAACAAUCACCUAAUAACCUCUCUGUACAGUUUAUAGAUUAUGGCAAUGUUUCUGUUGUCCAUACCAACAAGAUAGGUAAACUUGAUGUUACUAAUGAACUAUUACCAGGAUUGUGUAUUCAUUGCUCUUUAAGGGGACUUUGGGCUCCAGAGAUUUUAAACUCUAAGGAAAUGACACAUUACUUUUCCAGAAGGACAGAUGAGGCUCAAAUAAGAUGUGAAUUUGUUAAAUUUCAAGACAGAUGGGAAGUUAUUCUUGCAGAUGAGCAUGGAGUCAUAGCAGAAGAUAUGAUCAGCAGGUAUGCUCUCAAUGAAAAAUCUCAAAUAGGACUUUCUACCCAAAUAAUUAAAGGUGCUUGUUCAAAGGCUGUCAGCAAAACAGACCUUGAUACCUCAGUGUUUCUUAACUGGUAUAAUCCAAAAAUGAAGAUGAUAAGAGCUUAUGCCACUGUCAUUGAUGGGCCUGAAUAUUUUUGGUGUCAGUUUGCAGAUACUGAGAAACUUCAAUAUUUAGAAAUAGAAAUAAAAAAUGCUGUAGAACAAGUAACAGAUUUGAAAAGUUGCAUCUCAUGUCCUCAUACUGGAGAUCCAUGCAUAGUGAAAUAUAGAGAAGAUGGACAUUAUUAUCGGGCACUUAUUACCAACAUUUGUGAAGAUUAUCUUGUAUCUGUCCGACUUGUGGACUUUGGAAAUGUUGAAGAUUGUGUGGACCUAAAAGUGCUCUGGAACAUUCCUGCUGAACUUUUGUCCAUUCCUAUGCAAGCCUUCCCAUGUUGUCUGUCAGGAUUUAAUAUUUCCGAAGGUGUGUGCCCUCAAGAGGGAAAUGACUAUUUUUAUGAAAUAGUAACAGAAGAUGUGUUGGAGAUAGCUAUAUUAGAUGUCAAAAGGGAUGUUUGUAAUAUCCCUUUAGCAAUCGUUGAUGUAAAAAGCAAAGGUGAAAGUAUUAAUGAGAAAAUGAAGAAAUAUUCUAGGAUUAGUAAUAGUGAUCCAGCCUAUGAGAAAAAUGGCCUGGAGAUAAAGGGAGCCUGUGGUCCUUCCAGUCCUGAUAUUGGAAUUAAGAAACCGAGUAGUAAAGCUGGGCAACAGAAAAUACUGUAUAUAAAACCAGAGACAGAUGAACUCUCUGAAAGUAUUGAAAAGGAUUUAAACAUUAUUAAUACCAAACCAAGUACAUUUUAUGAUCCUGAUAACAUUUUUGAAGCUCUCGAACACCCAUGUAGAGAUAAAAUUGGCACUGGGGCAUUAGAAAGUAAGGUAGAGUGCCAGUUGGUUGACAAAGUAGAAUUUGAUGAUAAAUACCUAAUUGCCGGAUUAAACUCGCUAUUAUCACAUGCUAGUGAAACAAAGGAGAUUUUAGAACUAAAUUCGCUAGAGGUUCCACUUUCUCCUGAUAAUGAAUCCAAAGGAAGCCUGGAACUAGAAUCCAUUGAGUUACAGCAUUCUCUCAUCGGGGAUGAAGAGAAAGAUGAAAUAGGCUUGGUGCCUCCUACUGUGCCACUCCCCCAAGAUUGUGAUGCAGAAGCCACCUUGAAACCAUUCACAGCACAGCUUCCCCUCAGUUAUGAAGCUGAGAAACAGUCAGAGCUAGAGUUGCCUAUUGCCCAACUGUGUCUCGAAGAUAAGAUAAACACUUUGUCUAUAAAAGUUAGUCAGAAAGUCCAAGAAUCCACAUGUGCUGAGGAUAGAAGAAAGUCUAGUUAUGUGACAUGUUUUGAUGACCAACAUAGGUUGCCAUUGCAUCUAUAUGAACAGGACUGUGCUCCCCAAAUGCAGAUUGAAAUGAUUGUUUAUAAAGAAGAAUAUAUAGACCAUAAAAAAACAGAUUCCAUUUUAUCACGGACUUCUCCUUUCUCUGAAGAAGAUUCCACAGAUGGAAGGAACCCCCAAAAUGCUUUACCAGAUCACGUCCCAGCUCAACCAGUGAAUACCUACACCUUGAAGGGAUUCACCGUUGGAUCCAAAUGUGUUGUGUGGUCAAGUCUCAGAAACACAUGGUCUAAAUGUGAGAUUUUAGAAAUAGCUGAAGAAGGCACAAGGGUUUUGGAUCUCUCAAAUGGCAUGGAAGAGAUUGUGAACCCUGAGAAUGUCUGGAAUGGAAUACCUAAAUUGGAUGAGUCCAUCAAAGAAAAAGAGUCUGGAGGCAACAUAGAUUAAGAAUGGAUUCCUAAAUGUUGCAAAUCUUUAAGAAGCUGAUAAAUAAGUAUCAGUGCACCCAGACCAAUGGAAUAAUCUAAAAUAUUGAAGAUACAUAGCACCAGAAGUUGUCAUUUUUGAGAACUGAUAACGUGUCAAAAACAAAGUUGAUCUCAGGUUGACUGUGUAGCGUAUUUAUAGUGAUUUUGCUAUAAAUGCUUAUUUGGAAUCUUUACUCUCCUUUUAUAUAUAUGUUAAUGUUUCUAAUCAGUUGGGAGAAUUUUUGUGUCUUUGUUUAAACAGAUUGCUAAAACAUUGCUCAUAUUUUGUAUAAAACUAUUUUGGUUUAUUUUGAGUAUAAUAUUUAAAUUAAAAUAGAAUAUUAUAGGUUUUUGACAACUAUAUGAUGCUACUUGUAUGAUGGCUUUGUUAGCAAUAACUUCUUCAGAAUGUUUGUUUUGUUUCUGAAGACUUCUUCAUGUUAUCUGCUAGUUAAACAUUUGAAUAAUACUCUGUUUGAACUUGAAAAUAUUCUAAUAUGACUCAAGGUUUGAAUAAAGUUUAUUCUUA